UCUAUCUACUUACGUCUAUGCUUCUGAUAGUUAGCAUGCUGUAACGUGGUUAAGCUAAAGACGAAACUCUCGUGAGCUAACCAUGUUGCUCGAACACCGCGUCGGAAGAUAAAUGUAGGGACUCUUUCGUGGACUUUAACACCGUGGGACAUUCCUCACUGCGCGAAGAUGUUUUCGUCCGUUUGGAAUUUUCUCAAGCGUCACAAGAGGAAAUUUAUUGUCACCGGAGCUGUAGUUGGAGGUGUGUACUUCUUGGGUAAAUAUGCCCGUUCCAAGAUCAGGGAGCUCCAAGAGAAGGAGGCCACCGAGUACAUUGCUCAGGCCAGACGUCAGUUCCUCUUUGAGAGCAACCAGAGGACGUGCAACAUGACCGUUGUGUCUAUGUUGCCUUCGCUGAGAGAAGCCAUCGUCAACCAGCUCAACUCGGAAAGUCUUACCACCAUCCUGAAGACCGGGCCGGCCAAUAAAGUGGAGAUCUGGGAGGAUCUGAAGAUCAUUAGUUUCACACGCAGCCUGGUGGCCGUGUACAGCACGUGUAUGCUGGUGGUGCUUCUGAGGAUCCAGCUCAACAUCAUUGGAGGGUACUUGUACCUGGAUAACUCUGUGGGCAAGCCACCUGCACCUCCUCAGGCACCACCGGAGGUCCAGCAGCAGUACUUGUCCAGCAUCCAACAUCUCCUCGGUGACGGAUUGACACAGUUGAUCACCGUAGUAAAGAAGUCAGUGCAGAACUCUCUGGAUGGUGUGUGUCUGAAGCAGAGUUUGAGUCUGUUGGAGUUGGAGCAGCAUGUGAGUUGGAUCCGAGCCGAGGUUGAGACCUGUACCCAGCACCCACUGUCCUCUUACAUGCUGGCCGAUGAUGACAAUGCCCUUGCCGAUCAGGCGUGCGGACUGACUGAGAAUGACGUCCUGACCAUCCGCCUACUCAACGAGACCAGGGACAUGAUGGACAAUCCAGACUUCAGCAUUGUGUUGACUACGUGCCUGCAGCGAGGAUUCUCUCGUCUCCUCGACAACCUGGCGCAGUUCUUCCAUCCGCCACCCACCGACUCCGCCCACACUUUCACCCCAGCCAGUCUGCCAUCAAUUUGUCUUCCGCUGGCUAAGAUCAUCCCCAUCAUCAACGGUCAGAUCAACACCAUCUGCAGUGAGGUACCAGGACACUUUGUUCAGGAGCUUCUGAUGAAUGACAACCUGAAGGAGUUUGCUGCCAACGUGUACGACAGCUUCAGCACGUCACAAGAAGUACACAAGUAGGAUGACCUCACCAAGAAUGAACUUUAAAAAUUUUUUUUUUUUUUUUUAUUCUUAAUGACUCAUGUCAUGUAAACUGGAUUAUCGGAAGCGCUCUUGCAUCAUGGGAAAUGGAGCCUUACUAGGAGAGGCUGCCAUGUUUUGAUGCCCCUGCAGAGGCAGCAGGUAAGUGGGACGCACAGGCGCCAUUUUGUCGUCUUUUCCAGUCACGUGCCGCUUCACUUGAGGAAAUUAUUCUUGGCGUGAAUUGUUGCUCUGUGCAACCUUUAACCGUGAUAAUUGUUGACUUCCUGCUGGGGAAAUUUUUGGAGACUCAGAGCAGGAAGAAUAAAUUAAUUUCAUUAAAGGAGACCUAUUAUUAUAAAAAAAUGUAAGUGUUCCCAGGUGUCUUUAUAAAAAAAUUCUGACAACUUGGGUUAUAUUUGUCUGAUAGUUACAUCUCUUUGAUGAUCUUAAACAUUAAAGUGGGGAAACUUUGCAAACAAAAUAUAAGCAUUUGAGAAAGGGGGCCAAUACCUUUUCACGGCACUGGAGUACUUGGUCCCGGCAUCAAAUAAUCUGGGCGCAGACCUCUGCCAAGGCUUCAACUUUUCUCCCCUGUGAAGAAUUAAUCAAUCAUUCCGCUUUCACUAUGAAUCUAUUUUAGAAAGGAUUCCAGAUAAAAACAGAGCCGGAGUUUGGAUGUACUUCAAUGCAGUUCUCCUUGUUGUGCACAAGGUGUUGCCAUUACAGUAGACUUUAAACUUGUUUUGAUUGGAACAUUCACGUUUCAUCUUUUCUUCUAGUAAUUUUUAAGAUGUUAAAUAAAUGAAAUUGUCACUAAAUGAAGUCCAACUAAGGAUGUCCAAUAAUGGCGGUGGUCCUGCCAAAAGGGGUCGCUGUUGUACAUAUGGAUCACACGGUUGGAAAAACCCUCGAUUGAAAUGAAUGCUGAUUCAGGAUGACAUCACAUCUAGGUUUAAAAAAAUAAUAAUUUUUAUACAUUAAAUAUGAUGUAGUUAGGCUAUAUUAGGUGUAUAGACAUGGGGUCAAAGGUAAAUAUGCAACAUUUAAGUGUAUACAACAUUAAAUAUGAGAAAUGAAAUAAGCAUAUAGAACCUAAAUAUGCAAAUCUGAUACAUUAGGUAAAGACAAUAAGUAUGAUGCAAUUCUGCUAUAUUCGCGGUGUGUAGACAUUAAAUACGAAGUAAUGCUAGAUUGCAGGUGUACAGACUAACUAUGAUGUCAAUACGCUGCACUAAAGUGUAUACAACAUAUAUGAUAACAUAUGCCCACUGCCUAUUCCCCACAUUAGCUGGGGUCCGCUGUAUUAAAUAUGUACACAUACCGUAAUUUCUUGUGUAUAAUACGCAGUUUCCCCCCCAAAAAAGUGUCAAAAAUCAAUGGCGCGCAUUAUACAUAGGUAUAGGUGAAAAUGAAAAAGAUUUUCCCAUUUGAUAAAUGUAUGCCGCCAUCUAGAGGUUAUGAAAAAGCGGUACUCGUUCAUUUCAAUAUGCCACUGCCACCGAGAGGUUAUGAGAGAGGUGUACACUUUAAUUAUAAUACGCCAGGGCCACCUAGAGGCCAUGAAAAAGGUGUAGCCUACACUUUCAUUCCAAUAUGACUGCAUAUGUACAGUUGUGCUCAUAAGUUUACAUACCCUAGCACAAUUUUGUAAACAUUGUAUUUUAUUUUUUUAAUUUUUUUAAAAAUACGACUGAUGACUGAACAACAACCAUCAUUAAGUUCUUUAUGGGUAUGUUUUGUUUGAUGAUGAUGUUUUUCUGAAAUGCUUGACAGUUUAAUUUUAAUCUCAUUAAAAUAAAACUAAAUGUUUCGCCUGGCCCUUUUUAAAGAAUUGUACCCAUCUUACAAAUUCUGCCUAGGUAAUCAAACAUGAGCACAACUGUGUGUUUUCUCAUUCACUAAAUAUAAGUAGGGCUGUGAAUUUCAAAAUAAGAGCAAGUAAAUAAAAAGAAAGUGUUACAUGUUCGAAUAAAGUGCUUAGCUUCAGAAUAAUUACUUGAAAAAAAAUGAACAAAAUAAAGAUAUUUCAUGUUUUGAUCAUAUGGUAGAAGCAAAAUCAUGCAUUGUAAAAAUGCAUUAUAUAUGGGUAGAAGGGUUUUGGCGACUGAUUAGAGUGUCUGUCUCACAGUUCUGAGGACUGGGGUUCAAUCCCUGGCCCCGCCUGUGUGGGGUUUGCAUGUUCUCCCCGUACCUGUGUGGGUUUUCUCCGGGCACUCCGGUUUCCUCCCACAUCCCAAAAACAUGCAUGGUAGGUUAAUUGUCAACUCUAAAUUGCCCGUAGGUGUGAGUGCGAAUGGUUGUUUGCUUGUAU